UUUUUUUUUUGUUUUCUAUUCGAAGCACUCUGUUAAGUUUAGCGUGUCAUUUAUUUCAUAAGUUGUAAUUUUGUAGCUUUGCUGAGUUAGGGAAAAGUAUUUGUUAAGGAAGCGAAUAAAAAAGAAAAAAAAAGAAAAAUUAAUUUCUUUUUUUACGAAAAUUUUUAAUAAUGAAUAUUUAAUGAAAAUUUAACAGCGGACUUAAAAAUAAAAACAUUUCCAGAAUCAGCUAAAGCAAAUAUCCCUCAAAAUUUUGUAGUGUAUAAGAAUAAUUUUAGAUGAAAGAACCUCCAAAUGGAUAUAGGAUGUUGGAUCUCAACUACAGUCAAUUGUAUGCUCUUAACUUCUUCUCAAUUUCUUUCAUUUUUUUCAUUACUUUAAAUUUCGUUAGACGUUACGUUACCGCAACGAGUAAUAAUUUGUAUAUUUGGCUUCCUGGCAAUAGUCAAUGCUUUCAUAAUGCGCCACAGCAUGGAUAUUGUUUUACCAAAGAUUUUGCCAGCGAAGGUUGCGAAGGUUGAAAUCGAAGAGACACAGCCUGCCUAUUUGAAUUAUUUUCGCAAUUUAUUAGGCGAAGAUUGCAUAAAACAAAUUACAGCUUGGAAGUGUUUUUCGAAGGAGUCCAACUUUCAAGCGGAGGCAAAAAGAAAAAGUAAUCUCGAUGUAACGGGACAAGUGCGUACGGCAGUAAUGAUAUCAUUUUACAUGGGUUAUAUAAUAACUCAUGUUCCUGGUGGUUUACUGGCCGAACGUUACGGAGGCAAAUGGGUUCUAGCAAUAUCUGUGGCCGUAACCGCUUUCCUGACCAUCCUUACGCCGUUGGCUAUUCAUUAUUGCAAUAUUAAGGGUUUGAUUAGUAUAAGAUUUUUGAUGGGCCUAAGUGAGGGUCCAUUAUUUCCGGCUCUAAAUGUUAUGAUGGUAGAGUGGGUACCGGCACGAGAGCGCGGUACUUUAGGCUCGUUUGUCUUAAGCGCUGGCCACAUUGGCAUAUUGAUGGCUAAUCUUAUGACAGCAAUUCUAAUGCCAUAUUGCGAAUGGUCUUUGAUUUUCUAUUUCUUUGGUGUAUGCGCUUUGCUGUGGUUCGUUUGUUUCAUAACACUCUGUUACAGCGAUCCCGAGUCAAAUCCAUAUAUAAAAGAAACAGAAAGAUCCUACCUAAGAAAAUCAAUUGGUAGCACUGCCAUCAAUAAAUUAAAACAAUUUGAAACAAAUUUUGAUUCGACCGGAUUGAGUACGGCAUUAAUAUCUACAUCAUCAAAAACAACAAGUGCAUCAAGAGCUUUUUUAUCACCAGUUCCAUCUUUAUUGCCAUCAUAUGAUUCCGGUGUUUCAAAUGUAAUAGCUGUGCCCACUUUCUCCCCGCCGUGGAGAGAAAUUUUCACAAACGGUCCAAUGUGGGCUUUAAUUGCUGCCAAUAUACAACACGAUUGGAGUCAAACAUUUUGGGUAAGCGAAAUUCGUCAUUUAAUAGACGGUGGCCUGGCUAUCGAUUUUCGCAACAAUUUCUGCUCAUGUCUGAAAACUUUGACACCUUUUGCGUUGAAUUGGGUUAUCUCGUGUAUAUCGGGUGUUAUAGGUGAUAUGCUGGUCAAUGAAAACAUAUUAGAUACUACCGAAAGUCGUAAGCUUAUGACUUUAAUUGCUGCCUUUGGACCGAAAAUUUGCUCAAAUUUCUCAUCGUGCCUAAUGUGUAACGAACAGAGCGAUUUUAGCAAUAUAUUCAAUUGUGCUAUAAGUGCAGUGGGGGCUUAUUAUGCUGGUGUGCGAUUAACUUCUUUGGAUAUGAGCCCCAGAUACGCUGGCACUUUGAUGGCCAUCUCGAAUAGUUUGGGUUCUAUAAGCAAUUUAAUUGCACCAUUUUUAGAAGAAUUUAUAACACAACCGGGCCCUAUGCAGAAUGUACGUUCUUUGGUAUGGUUUUUGUGCACAAUGUUCACAUCCGGCGAGAUACAAUCUUUUAAUGGUCCAGUCGUAAUGAUGAAUACGAAUAUUACUUAAGCUAAAUUUCUAAGUUCUC